AAAAUUAGGGUUUGUAUACUUAAAGGGGGCGGGGUUUGUAAAGCUUUUCGUCAGAUUCUGGGUUUAGGCUCCCUCUCUUCUGGUUUAGACACUCUCUCUCACAUAUUACAAAAGAGGGUCAAGUAUGAGAAAACUCAAGUUUCAUGAGAAGAAGCUGUUGAAGAAGGUGAAUUUCCUAGAAUGGAAGAGAGAAGGUGGCCACCGAGAAGCCUUUGUUAUGCAACGUUACCACAUCACCGGCAGAGACGACUACAAGAAAUUUGUUCAUAGCACCCAAAAUUAUUUAUUUAUAUAUAUAUAUAUAUAUUUAUCUGUAUUCAAUAGGUAUUCGAGUAUGUGUAGGAGUGUGCAGAAGCUAGUCAACAUAUUGAAGCAGAUGGACCCAAAAGACCCAUUUCGGAUUGAGAUGACCGAUGCACUCCUGGAAAAGCUGUACAACAUUGGUGUAAUACCAAGUAGGAAAAGUUUGGCCUUGUGUGAGCGAUUAACAGUAUCGACCUUUUGUCGGCGUAGGCUUUCAACUGUCUUAGUGCAUCUAAAGUUUGCUGAACAUUUGAAAGAAGCUGUCACAUAUAUAGAACAGGGGCAUAUCCGGGUGGGUCCAGAUACAGUUACUGACCCAGCAUUCCUUGUAACAAGAAACAUGGAAGACUUUGUUACAUGGGUAGAUACAUCCAAGAUAAAGAGAAAGGUUCUGGAGUACAAUGAGAAGUUGGAUGAUUAUGAUGCAAUGAACUGAGUAUUCCGUUGUUAACCCUCCCCCCCCCC